CAAACGUUGCACAUGUAUAAGCACAGCACCACCGUCUGUCUAUAUAGUAAACAAAAAUAAAUUGUUACACAGUUUGGUUUGAAGAAUUUACGUAAAACUUAAAAAUAUGUGUUUAUUAUUGCAUGUGAUUACAACACAAGAAAAUUCUUCUAACAUUACAAAAUAAAAGAAUUCGAUUUUCCAAAGAGAUUUUGAGACGAUAAUUGACUGACAAAAUUUCAAAUGAUUUUUUGGUAUUAAAACGGGGAUUUCUUUUGUGGUUUUCAUUCAAUUAAAAUGGCAUCAGAAACAUUGAAGGGAUUUGAUAAUUUUCCAUCUAAUUUGUCAUUUAGCGAACAAAAUGAUUUUAACGAUGACAGUGAAUUGCAGAGAAUUUUAGAAGAUUCAUGCCUGGAUGGACUCAAUAGUGAAACUGUGAAUGAGAUCUCGACUGAUGAUACUUAUGAAAAUAAUGAUGUUAAUAUCGAUGAUACGAAUGAUGUAGAAACAAUCGAAUCCGUCCCAAUAAAAAGCGUUUCAAAUAUCGUUUAUCAGCCCAUUGAAAAGCUUAGAAUUGCCAUUCCACCGAUGUCAUCACCGAGUAGUAUGCAUUCAUCGUCCUCGGAAGGCAAUUCGCCGGUUCGAUCGAAAAAGAAUAAAAAACGUUUUUGCAUUAAAUGUAGCAUACGUUUUAAGCAUACCGCUGAUUGGUUAAAACAUUUAGAAAGACAUAUUAGUUUGCCAUCGGUAAAACUAACUGAAUUGAACACAAACAAUCCAUACUAUAAAGAAUAUCUUAGCCGUUGUAAUGGCGCUACGAAACGACCGUCGAAUGACACCGAUGUAUUAAAGAUUAAAUUGAAAAUUCCACGUACCGAAACUUCCCAACAAAAUCCAAAUGAAAAAGAAACAACUUCCGAUGUAUUAAAUCCAAUAAGAGAGCCAACAUCACCACUAACAACCAAUGGACCUCGCAUUCGUGUGAUCAGAGCGGAAGAAAUAAAACAAAGUCCACCAAGCCCGCCAUUUCGAACGAGUCUGCCUGAAAAUGCAAUGGUUUCAGUUCCGUCAGAAAAUCGAAUUCAAUAUGAGUGCCCAACGCUCGAUGGUCUACAUCAGUUUGCCGAAGAUGCUUUGAAUGAAGAAUCAGCCGCCCGAAUAUUAAAGCAAUUACUUGAAACACCAAACGAACCACCUGAAUCUAAUGAAUUGGAUGCCGAACCAAAUGAAUUUAUAUCAAUCGAUCGUUUGGCACAUACGUGCAAUAUAUGCAAUCAAAAAUAUCCUGAUAUUAAUUUCUUACAUGAACAUCAGCGUCUAACUGGCCAUGGAAUUCGAAAUUAUUCACUUGCUUCGAUGCUUGAACCCAUUCAAGAAAUGACCGUUGAUCCAUUGCAUCCAUAUCGUCCACCGCAAACAAGUCGACUCGAACACUUGUUAGCACAAUCAAAAAGUCUGCCGUCACAACAACAACAUCAACCACCACCACCGCCACCAAUGUAUGGCCAACCGGCGGUACUUCCAAUACAUCAAAUGGAAAAUCAAGUUCGGGCAUUUGGAAACAUAAAUCAAAUGCAAAACCGACCACGUUUUCCAAUGCCAUCGUCAUCAAGACAUCCAUCACAUUAUCCAAUGCAUCGAUUUAUGUCACCAUCACAAAUGGUCAGACCAAAUGGAAUUAAUCCAAAUCAACCGGUCAACAUGACACCGUUUCUUGAAAUGAGCCCAGAUAUGUACAAUCCACGACAAACAACCGGCAAUAUUCCGCAAAUGAAUGGAGAUAGCAUGAAUGCAUUCAAUCGACCUCCAAAUCAAAUGACGAACCAUUUUAUGUCUCAACAACGACCGUUAAUGCAACGAUUUCCAUUGCAACAACAGCCGAUACAUCAUUCGCAACAACAACAACACCACCAACGUCCUCCUCCGAUGAACGGACAGUUUAUGCAUCCACCUCGAAAUCUUCCUCCAUGUCCGACCCGACCAAAUAUGGCUUCUGGUAUUCAACAGGCACUCCAAAGGAAAGCAAUGCCACUGAGUCCAAUUGAACAGCAUCAUCAACAAAAACAGCAACAGCACAACCUUCAUCAUCAACAACAACAACAACAACAGCAGCAUCAGCAGCAGCAGCAGCAACAACAACAACAAAAACAAGCUCAAGAAAAGGCUCGUUUCGAGCAAAUGUUUCGAGCACGAGACCUUGAAAAUCGACCAUUUAUAUCAAACGCACCACGAACCGAAGGACUUCCUGUGAUUGAAUCGGUACAAAGUGGUGCGAUUACGCUCAAUUCAACAACGAAAAAACAAUCGACCGACUCGGCACCGACAACGAUACAAAUCAACGAUCAAAUAACGCUCAGCGUAAAAAACAAAGAACCAUCGGUAACAAUUCAACCAACUGAAAGACAUAAAACGCCGCCAGUAGUUGAUGGUAAUUCGAUGGCAAAUAUAUUGGUAAAUCGUGGUAUUACAGUGAAAUCAACAUCAAAACUAUUAGAAAAACCGAAGACACCCGAUGAUUCGAAUAAAACGCCGUAUGCAACAACCGAAGCAGCUGUACAAAAAUUACAAAUGAAUAAUUCAGUAAGUAUCAUAUCGAAGAAGAAAGUUGUUACCCCGCCAUUGGCUACAGCUACAUCGGCAACUGAAGAAACAAUUGAUUUAUCAAAUGAUGAUGAUACUCCAUCGUUCAAAUCAUUCAAACGGCCAGAAAAGAUAGCACCAAAACCAGGCACCACACAAAUCAAGUGCUCCGUAAAAAAUUGCCAAAUGAGAUUCGCCAAUUUAAAAUCGUUGCGUGAACAUGAGCAAGAUGUGCACAAAAUAUCACGCAUCAGUAAAUUUAAAUGCACCAUUUGUUCAUUACGGUUUAUAUCGUCGGAGGCAGUUAGAGCCCAUAUCCGGCGAAUGCAUGCAGGCCAAAUAAAAUCACAGCCCGAAUUCGGCAUACCAAUUGUAAACUUUAACAAUUCAAAUAUUCGCAAGAAAAUGUUAUCGCUUGGAUUUACCAAUUUUUUGCCAAUUACUAAUAUUCGCGAUGAAAAAUCAACGGAAGUAUUUGGCAUGCCAGUUAUUAAUAUCAAUGGGCCAACGAUCAAUAAUUUAAAAAAUCUAUUCAACAUUGAUUCAACGAAAUUGAUGCCGAUAUCAAUGCGCACCAUUCCAAGGCCAAAAGUUCAGCCAACCUCUAUUUUGAAUCGAUUCCCGGUGAAACCAUCGACGCCACAGUCAACACCAUUAAUGCCAUCAACCAAUUCAAACGCACAAACAAAUACCGAAACCGUAUCUUCAACAUUAACACAAAACUAGAUUUUUUCAAAUCGAAAAAUGAAUGAAUUUAUGUUCCUAAGAAAUAAGACUAAGCAUCAAAAGAGAAUUAAAUACAAUUAAUUUAUAAAUUAUCAAACAAAAUAGCAAUUAUAAUGUAAUCCUUUUGUUGUUAAGAAACAAUUUACAUUUUAUUUUUGCAUGGCAAGAAACAAACAAAUCCAACAAAAAAUAAA